AGGCUUGCCGCACAGCUCUGGCCCACAUAAGGUGGGCAAGGACAAGGUCUGCUGAUGACAGUACUAGAGCAUCUUGCCUUUCAACUGGGUGAGCACCUCCCUGCAAGAGCAUGAACACCAGCUGCCUAUCACCUAUGUCACCGGCUACAGGCAUGGUCCUAAGGAUGAGGUGAUGUAGAGGCACAGAUUUUAAUUUGUGAAGCACCCACUUUAUGCCUGGCAUUGGGGUACCCUGAGCCACCCAAGGCUUUGGCUCCUGUCUAUCAUCUCUAGCCUGAUCAUCAGAAUCAGAGAAUGCUGGAACCGGUAACACUUAGUUCACACCUGUAUUUUACAGAUGAAGGCAAUAAGGCCCAGAGAAGGAGUGUCCCAAGGUUUUCCUUGUUAAAAUUGGUCUGGCUGGCUGCUGUGAUGUGCCACACUGUCCUGACGGUGCACACACUGCUGUGUGGAGGAACAGAGGAGUCCGGCUGGCCUUCGCAUGGCAGGGAUCAGAGUCACCAAGGUAGACUGGCAGCGGUCGAGGAAUGGUGCUGCCCACCACACCCAGGAGUACCCCUGCCCUGAGCUGGUGGUUCGCAGGGGCCAGUCGUUCAGCCUCACGCUGGAGCUGAGCAGAGCCCUGGACUGUGAGGAGACCCUCAUCUUCACGGUGGAGACAGGACCCCGGGCUUCUGAGGCCCUCCACACCAAAGCUGUGUUCCAGACAUCGGAGCUGGAGCGGGGUGAGGGCUGGACAGCAGCAAGGGAGGCUCAGAUGGAGAACACUCUGACCGUCAGUCUCGCCAGCCCUCCCAGUGCUGUCAUUGGCCGCUACCUGCUGAGCAUCAGACUUUCCUCUCACCGCAAACACAGCAACCGGAGGCUGGGCGAGUUUGUUCUCCUUUUCAACCCAUGGUGUGCAGAGGACGAUGUGUUUCUGGCCUCAGAGGAGGAGAGACAGGAGUACGUGCUCAACGACAGCGGCAUCAUCUUCCGAGGCGUGGAGAAGCACAUACGAGCCCAGGGCUGGAACUACGGGCAGUUUCAGGAGGACAUCCUGGACAUCUGUCUCUCCAUCCUGGAUCGAAGCCCUGGUCACCAAAACAACCCAGCCACCGACGUGUCCUGCCGCCACAACCCCAUCUACGUCACCAGGGUCAUCAGUGCCAUGGUGAACAGCAACAACGACCGGGGUGUGGUGCAAGGACAGUGGCAGGGCAAGUACGGCGGCGGCACCAGCCCGCUGCACUGGCGCGGCAGCGUGGCCAUUCUGCAGAAGUGGCUCAAGGGCAGGUACAAGCCAGUCAAGUACGGCCAGUGCUGGGUCUUCGCGGGAGUCAUGUGCACAGUCCUCAGGUGCUUGGGGAUAGCCACACGGGUCGUGUCCAACUUCAACUCAGCCCACGACACAGACCAGAACCUGAGUGUGGACAAAUACGUGGACUCCUUCGGGCGGACCCUGGAGGACCUGACAGAAGACAGCAUGUGGAAUUUCCAUGUCUGGAAUGAGAGCUGGUUUGCCCGGCAGGACCUAGGCCCCUCUUACAAUGGCUGGCAGGUUCUGGAUGCCACCCCCCAGGAGGAGAGUGAAGGUGUGUUCCGGUGCGGCCCAGCCUCAGUCACCGCCAUCCGCGAAGGUGAUGUGCACCUGGCCCACGAUGGCCCCUUCGUGUUUGCGGAGGUCAACGCUGACUACAUCACCUGGCUGUGGCACGAGGAUGAGAGCCGGGAGCGUGUAUACUCAAACACGAAGAAGAUUGGGAGAUGCAUCAGCACCAAGGCGGUGGGCAGUGACUCCCGCGUGGACAUCACCGACCUCUACAAAUAUCCGGAAGGGUCCCGGAAAGAGAGGCAGGUGUACAGCAAGGCGGUGAACAGGCUGUUCGGCGUGGAAGCCUCUGGAAGAAGAACCUGGAUCCGCAGGGCUGGGGGGCACUGUCUCUGGCGUGACGACCUCCUGGAGCCUGCCACCAAGCCCAGCAUCGCUGGCAAGUUCAAGGUGCUAGAGCCUCCCAUGCUGGGCCACGACCUGAGACUGGCCCUGUGCUUGGCCAACCUCACCUCCCGGGCCCAGCGGGUGAGGGUCAACCUGAGCGGUGCCACCAUCCUCUAUACCCGCAAGCCAGUGGCAGAGAUCCUGCAUGAAUCCCACGCCGUGAGGCUGGGGCCGCAAGAAGAGAAGAGAAUCCCAAUUACAAUAUCUUACUCUAAGUAUAAAGAAGACCUGACAGAGGACAAGAAGAUCCUGUUGGCUGCCAUGUGCCUUGUCACCAAAGGAGAGAAGCUUCUGGUGGAGAAGGACAUUACUCUAGAGGACUUCAUCACCAUCAAGGUUCUGGGCCCAGCCAUGGUGGGAGUGGCAGUUACAGUGGAAGUGACAGUAGUCAACCCCCUCAUAGAGAGAGUGAAGGACUGUGCGCUGAUGGCGGAGGGCAGCGGCCUUCUCCAGGAACAGCUCAGCAUCGACGUGCCUACCCUGGAGCCUCAGGAGAGGGCCUCAGUCCAGUUUGACAUCACCCCCUCCAAAAGUGGCCCAAGGCAGCUGCAGGUGGACCUUGUAAGCCCUCACUUCCCGGACAUCAAGGGCUUUGUGAUCGUCCAUGUGGCCACUGCCAAGUGAUGGAUCAUGAGGGACUGAGAGGGGUGGAUUCGGCCCCUGUCCUCCUCCUGCCCAUUCUUUGUCUCUUCCACAUGGGAGCCAGGAGGCCUCAGUUAAUCCUGCUUCAACCUCUGCCCUACUUUGUAAACUUAGGCAAGUUCCUUCUCCUCCUGGGCCUCAGUUUACUCUUCUGUAAAAUGAAGUGUUGCACUCAGUAAUCCUUAAACUUUUGGACAACCAUAGAUGAUGUAAGAACCGAGGGAGCCUCUCCAACCUUCAUCUCUCAUCCCCAUGGCUGGGAGGUUGACAGACCCGAGCAUCAGAGAAACCCUGGCCCACUCAGCUCUGCCAUCUUCCACCCUGCCACCUCGCUGUCACCCUGGCUGACCCUUGGACUCUCCUUGCUUUUCAAAUGCCCUGGCCACAUCAAGAGCCAAGGAUCCUCCCCACAGUCCUGACAGAGAAUCCAAAAGUAUCAGAGCUGGAACCUAACCAUCCCUCAACACUCCCAUUACAGAGAAGAAGGAAACUUACAGAGGCCACAGGGUGAGCUAGAGGCAGAGUGGAGGCCCAUGUGUGUGCCAUUUAUACCUCCUAAGUCCCGAUCCUAAAAAGCAUUAGAUUUUAAGCAAAGGGAAAUUUUCCCUCAGUGAAGACACAGGCCCAGGAUCUGAGGGGCGAUUGCUGCCUAGGAUAAUCUUAAGAAGAUAAAGGAAGGGCCCAAACUGGAUUGCAUUCCUCUAAAAUCUGCAGCCCCAAAUCUGAAGAGGGCCAGUGACUAACAGCACAAACAACAGCAAACACCUCACAGGGCUCAACUUACACAAUUCUGACUGAACAAUUAAAGUUGAGAAAAUGUUUCAUUCAAUGGGUGCCAAAACUGUUCUCCCCAGAUCAGCUGCAAACAAGAGCAGAGCUUUCCGUAGAAAUUGUAAACAAGGGAUCAAGAUCCCGAAGCAUUUCUUCAAAGAAUUGUAACAGGAUGGAACAUGGCUUUACCAAUACAGUCCUAAAGACAAAGCACAAUCGAAGCAAUGGCUACCAAGAGGGGGAAAUGGUUCAGUCAAAGCAACAGUGGACCAGCCGGCCAGGCGCGGUGGCUCACACCUGUAAUCCCAGCACUUUGGGAGGUCGAGGUGGGCGGAUCACUUGAGGUCAGGAGAUCAAGACCUGCAUGGCCAGGUGAACCCCAUCUCUACUAAAAAUACAAACAUUAGCCAGGUGUUGUGGUGUGUGCCUGUAAUCCCAGCUACUCGGAAGACUAAGGCAGGAGAAUCACUUGAACCCAGGAGGUGAAGGUUGCAGUGAACCGAGAUUGCACCACUGCACUCCAGCCUGGGCAACAGAGCAAGACUCUGUCUC